AUGGAGAAUACUUCAGAGGUGACAGAAUUUCUUCUUGUGGGGUUAACAGAUACCAUUGAGCUGCAAGUGCCUCUGUUUAUAAUCUUCUCUCUCAUUUACCUCAUCACACUGGUUGGGAACCUUGGGAUGAUCAUGUUGAUUCUUCUGGACCCCAGACUCCACACUCCCAUGUACUUUUUCCUCAGUAACCUCUCCCUAGCAGACUUUGUCUAUGCCUCAGCUGUCACUCCCAAGGUAAUGGAAGGGUUUCUCACAGGAGAUAAAACCAUAUCCUACAAUGAGUGUGCUGCUCAGAUGUUCUUCUUUAUAGCCUUUGCAACUACGGAAAGCUUCCUCCUGGCAUCAAUGGCCUUGGACAGGCAUGCAGCAGUGUGUAAACCCCUGCAUUACACCACUGCCAUGACAGCUGCAGUAUGUGUCUUGCUCGUUGUUGGCUCCUAUAUCAGUGGACUCUUACAAUCCUCUGUCCUUGUUGCCUUCACUUUCCACCUCUCCUUCUGUCAUUCCAAUGUGAUUAAUCACUUUUUCUGUGAUGUUCCCACACUGCUGGCUCUUUCCUGUUCUGAUAUCUUUACAAGUGAAAUUGUGCUAUUCGUGUUGGCAUCUUUCAAUGUUUCUUUGACUAUGCUGGUUAUCUUGAACUCUUAUCUCUUUAUUUUCAUCGCUAUUCUGAGGAUGCGUUCUGCUGAGGGCCGGAAGAAGGCUUUCUCCACCUGUGCAUCACACCUCACCACCAUCUCCAUCUUCUAUGGGACGAUCAUCUUCAUGUACCUGCAGCCCAGCUCCAGGCACUCCAUGGACACUGACAAACUGGCAUCUGUGUUCUAUACCAUGGUCAUCCCCAUGCUAAACCCUCUGGUCUACAGUCUAAGGAACAAGGAGGUUAAGAGUGAAGUCAAGAAGGUUAUUGAUAAAGCAAAACUUUCACUGCACUUAGCAAAUUAA